AUGAAUCAGGGAAAACGUCCAGCAAGAACAUACAAUCAAAAUCUAUAUCGGGAUAAUCGAGAAAACCGGGCAGCAUUAUUUACCAGUGCUCAAACUUCUGAGAGUAUUCCUGCAUUAAGAUCUUCUACAACAAAUUCAACAAAGUAUUCCAUAAGUGAAACUUUAGAUUUAGAAAGUCAAAAUGAUGAAAAAAUCGAGGGUUUGACAGGAAAAGUGAAGCUUUUAAAAGAGAUUACGUUAAGCAUUGGCGAGUCGGUAAAGGAAUCAAAUGCACUCAUAAGCACAAUGUCUGAUGAAUACUCGCAAACUGGUAAUUUCCUUGAUGGUACCAUGAAUCGAUUAAAGAUAUUGGCAGCAACGCAGAACAUGAGACAAUUGUUUAAAACGACAUGA